AUGAACUUGAUCGGAAUUGGGAUUGAUGUGGUGGAAGUUGACCGAGUGAAGUCAUCGAUGGAUGAGUUUGGUGAGAAGUUUACUCACAAGUUAUUCACAGAAAACGAACGUGAAUACUGCGAGCGUCAGAAGCGUCCUGAGCUGCAUUAUGCCGCUCGAUUUGCCGCGAAGGAGGCGAUCUCGAAGGCCUUUGGCACAGGGAUUGGAAAAGCAAUCGGUUGGCUCGAUCUAGAAAUCACUCGACGUGACAGCGGUGAGCCCGAAGUGUUGCUCUGUGGCGAGGCCGUGGCCUAUGCGAAAGAGCGGGGAGUUUUACAAAUUAAGGUCAGUCUCACCCACGCCAAGCACUACGCCGCCGCGAAUGCCGUGGUGAUGGGGUGA